AUGGAAUCUGCGAAGCGGAAGCGAGCCGCCAAGGCCUGCAAUUACUGCAGAAAGAGGAAGAGGAAAUGUGAUGGCAGACAGCCUGUUUGUACCCUCUGCGAAGAGGCGAAUAACUCUGAGUGCGAGUAUCGCGAUGAAGGAAAUGAGUCAAAACGAAUUGCAAUUCCUGUUGAUCGCGUUGAUGAGAUCUUUGAUCGUCUUGAAUCUCUUGAGUCAACCUUUCAGUCCGCUAUAGCUCGUCAGCGAGAUCGGAGUCCUAUUUCGACACCGUUCCCAGCAUCGACUCCUUAUCCAGCCUCAACACCCUAUGCCACAUAUCCUGUAACACGACACAACGAACCGAUUAGUCCUGAAGAUGGAAUAGUACCUGCUUCAUCAGUCCAUUCAACAGGACCUGGGACACAAACAUCGUUGUCUCAAUUCGCCAACAACAACGUCUUCAACACGACAAUGGACAUUCCACUGUCUCAUUCGUCCACAACUGGAAACCUAUUGAGGUCCGCGCCUGCUAAAGCACUUCUUGGUCAUUAUCCUUCAGAUCUGUUCCUCCAUAUUGAGUUGAGGAGGCCCAUCCCUGAAGGAUUGAGAUUAAACGCCGAACCAGCCAGUCAGAUCGACCUACCGACGUUAUCACCCAAAGAAACAGACCAUCUCGUCAGAAACUACUUCCAACUCGUUCAUCGCUUCCAUCCAAUUCUCGACCAACGAGGUUUCUACGAUCUAUACGAUAGAACCGUUGACCACGGUGCACGACCUGAUCUCCCCUCCUCCCUGGUUCUCGUCGUUCUCGCCCUUGGUUCUGUCGCUGCUGAGACGCCAAAUCGUAUGGAUGCGAGUUGGAGCCCUGGGGUAAAGUUCUUCACACCCGCUCUAUUUGUCGAGGCCGUUGCUGGCGUGGAGGUUGGUGCAUAUGGCGUCUACGGAUGUGCAGCAUUAUUGGAUAAGUUACUGCGAGAUGGUUCGCAGGACCAGUCAAUUCUGCGAGUCUUUUGGGCCAUUCUUGUGCUGGAAUGUGAUAUUCUGGCAGAGCAUCAUCUCCCUCGCAGUGGCAUCGAAAAGAUCGUCGAUAAACUACCCUACCCAUGGUCCGAUGGCCCCUCCGAACCUUAUAUGCACCGGUGGCUCGCGGAUCUCUCGUCCCGUCGCCUCUUGAAUCGCAUCCACUACGUCCUCUACGCCGAAGCUGAACCCGGUACGGGCGACAACCAAGCAGAUAACUCUGAGGAAACGCAGUCAAGCCUCCCAAAUCUAGCUCACGAGUUGAACCGUCAGCUUGGAGCAUGGUAUCAUCUCCUCCCUCACAGCAUCCGGCCAAACUUGGAGAUACCUCCGAUAGGUAUUGAUGACACCAUGGUUACUAUACGAUAUCACACCACAGGCGACAUCAUCUACAGGCCUUUUCUGUAUCAGAUGCCCUCAGAGUCCCAGAUCUCAACCAAUUACAAGACAAGGGAAUAA